AUGGCUUUCCUGUUGACACCGUUCUGCCGCUGCUCCAACUGGGGAGAGGCUGCCCUGGAAGAUGGCGAUGCGGACUCUGUCACGCGGGCUGUUGGAGACGCCAAGUUGAAGCUUCCACAGGCAGAGGAGAUGGCGGAGUUUCAAGACGACGACAAACCGACCGCCGAGGACAAGGAGUCAGAUCACUCCACGACUGCGACUGCAACUGGCACUCAGGAGCUGCCGGAUAGUCCCCCUCAGCAGGCCGAAGACCCGAAGGAGGUGACGCCCUUGCAAGAGGCACUUGUCGUACCAUCGACAGCAGACGAGCCUGUGGCAGACGCCGAGAAGGCUGAAGCCGGAGAGCAGCCGAAGCCUGGCCCAGAAGAGAAGGAAGAAAAGGAAGAGAAGAAGGUCAGAAGACCCCCCGAGCCAUUGACCACGCUGGACGAACAGGACUUCAACGACAGGGGCGUUAGUUCCCUUGACGAGUCCAAGAAGUUCAGCUAUACAAUAGGGAAUGAUUACAAAUGCACGUUGUCCGGCUGGACACACACAAGGCCGUAUGCGUGUGGUUUCAUUCGCAACAAGCCGGGCACCGCGAAAGCCGUCGUCUCUGGCCUUGACCCGGACAUUGCAUACCUUUGGAAGGCGACUGCUUGCCGGCGCUGCCGAGUUUGGAUUGCGCACGAAAGCGGGAAGUCACUGAAGCUGUCGUGCCGACGAUACCGCUUCUGUUUUGUUUGCUUGCGCCAUUGGCAUCGGUGGGUGUCGAGAACUACUUCAUGCCUUCAUGACUGGCAGUUGGUCUUUUGUAGAAUCGCUUGA